AGUAAUUGUCUGAAAUAUGGUAACAGACACAUGUAUAAGUACUCAUUUUGUUUUUUUGAAUAUUUAUAGCGUUUUAAAGUUCCGCUUUUAUUUACAUCAAUCUCCCUUAUUAACUUUAGGCCAGUCUUCAGUUGGAGAUUCCAGUACAAAAUGUUCUCCAGUAUAGAUUCUUUAGGCUCAUUCACCACGGUGCGGUUGGCCGGCGGGGAGGUGAAGUUUCGGUGCAGUUGCGGGAAAAUGUACAAGCACAAGUGUCACCUGCGCGGGCACCAGCGCCACGAGUGCGGCAAAGAGCCGCAGUUCGCUUGUCCCCACUGUCCCUACAAAGCGAAGCAGAAGAGUACACUGAAGACUCACAUCGCCAUACGUCAUAUGCAGUGUGCUUUUGAAUAACAACUGUUCAAAACAUCACAGAUAGUAUAACAAGUUGAUGGUAAUAGUAACCUAGAAAUGUGCAAAAUGAUUAUUUCACUCUUUUUCAAAAUAAUAUUAUGUUACUGAAUACCUCGAUUAUCCGUAGCUUAAUGAUGGGGACGUUUGAUAUCGGGAGUUUUAUAUAACAGUUUGUUUAAUUUCCAAAAUAAAUAACUAGUUGGUUUUUUAGUCCUCCUCCGUAGACUAAUUGUUAUAGUCUCGGCUUUCUAACUGAGAGAUCACGGGUUCAAAUCCCGGGGAGGGCCAAUAACGUAUAUACAAGACACAGUGUGUGUACACUUUAAAAAUAAACCAGUGUACAUCGAAGCCUACAUAGCUGAAGCUGAGGCUUAAAAAAGAGAACAAACAAAACUAAUUGCUUUAGAUUAUUUUUGUAGUACCUUUUCGUGUUAAUCAUUGCUUGAACUGUUUCUUUUAAUAUUUUUAUAUAUUUUAAACAGUAAACCGUUCGUUGAUAAUUUAAUAUUAAAGCAGUGUUUUUGGAAUGAAUGCAUAUGGUUGUUUCAUUUUUAGUUAUUGAUUUAAUGGUUGUAUUAUGUAAUUCUAAUUGUAACGUAUGAUAUAGUAUUGUAAACUGUGUACAGCAACUACUACAUAGUGCAAUAAAAACAAAUAAUUUCACUUUAAA